AUGGCGUCAGUCUCUCCAUAUCCAUCGCCCGACUCGGAAGACGGGUCUCUAGCACAAGGCCCCAACCGAACGAACAGCAUCACAGAAUCGUCUCGUCCCGGUAGCACCGGUAUGGCCGAUAGCGCGAAUAGAAAAUCGAUACAGUUCGACGUUGGGGGUUCCCCAUCGCAGCCUCCUUCCCGUCCUGGUAGCACGACUGGGCGGAAGAACUCGCAACCUGAGGUCCACGACAAGGAACUAAAAGUCCCUGGACGAACUUAUUCUCCCCCACCACCUCGGACGUACGAACGAGGUGUUUCAUUUGAUACUUUCGAUAACCCCGAUGCAGCAGACUUCUCUCUUACCCUUAACUACAAACACAAAGGCUACCAACUUACCCGCCGCAGCCGCACUUUUCUCUGCGGCACUGAUCAGAAUGAUUACUCCGACUUUGCCCUCGAAUGGCUUAUUGACGAGCUAGUCGACGAUGGUGAUGAAAUCGUCUGUCUUCGAGUCGUCGAAAAAGAUUCGAGCAUCACGAGCGAUGCUGCGGUUGAGGCCGGAAAAUAUCGCCAGGAGGCUGAAAGACUUUUCGAGCAGGUAAUUCAGAAGAACAGUCAGAAUGAAAAGGCGAUUAGUCUGGUCUUGGAACUGGCCGUUGGGAAGGUCCAGGAGAUCAUCCAACGCAUGAUCAAAAUCUAUGAACCCGCAGUCCUGGUUGUUGGUACCAGAGGCAAAAACCUGAGCGGAGUUCAAGGAUUGCUGCCCGGUUCAGUCUCGAAGUAUUGCUUGCAACGGUCACCAAUCCCCGUGAUCGUGGUUCGACCUUCGCCCAAGCGGGAGAAAAAGAAAAAGAAGCGCUUAGCAGAUCCCAACAGACGCAGCUACAACCAUAUCCUGGAAUUGAGCGAGCGGCAGGGAAGCCAUAUAUUCUCUGGCCCCUCGAGCCGAAACAGUAGCGUAUCGAAACUUCCAGAUGAAGAGGCCGCCGUAGCAGCUGCUCUCGGCCUUCCACCACAGAGUUACACGAACUCGCGCACUUCACUUUCCGCCUCUGACAGAAGCAGUGUCAGUCAUGAUGGGCCAAUAACACCCAUGGCGGAUUCCCUUGAAGCUAUCAAUAAAUCGCUUGCAAGAGAUCUCUCAAUAUCGUCUGACGACACAAGAGGCGAUGGAGAGACUUCCACGCCGCUUCCUGGGGAGAACAGUUCUGAUGACAAGCUGCCGGCUGAGAUCCCUGUCCCUGCGAGCGAUACCCCAUCGCCGGAAGGAGAGACGGUCGAAUCGGACCAGCCCACACCAGACACUACAAGUGCUGAAGUUAACAUUCCAGUUAUCGUGACGGACAACGUCCAAGAUGAAGCCAAGAACAAGCGCCGUUCGCUGUAA